CUCCCUCCUUUGGAUUUUAUUUUUUCACAUCAAGUUCUUCUUCUUCUUCUUCUUCUUCUUCUUCUUCUUCUCCUCUUCUUCUCCUCUUCUUCUCCUCCUCCUCCUCCUCCUCCUUCCCCUCGUCCUUCACGGCCUUGUCCAAGAUGGCAUCUUCAAGCGCGGCAGGCACUUCGAGGGGGAAGGAGGUGGCGGGUUCGGACUCCACAGCCACCCGCGUGAAGGAAGCAUUUGUGCCACAGCCUGAGGCAAGGCAACUGCAGCUGCAGGCGACGAAGGUGGCGUUCAAGUGGGUAACACAGGGGCAGAUGGUCCCACCAUUGUCCAAGGGGCAGUACAGGGUGAAGUGUACUUUAUGCGGCGCAGAUUGGGUUGCAUCGUACACUCGUGUGUGGCCACACUUCGCACAGAAAACGAAUCCUUGCCCGGGUCGUUUUCCGGAGAUGCUUCACAUCCUUGCUGCUACGGGGCACAACAUUGACUGCAAGAAGACACUGCGGCGCAUUCAACUAUACCAAAUGGAGCACAACAUCCCCUUAGACGGUUUGGCUCCCGCAAUUCCGGAGGAGGCUCAAGGGGAUACACUAGAUAAGUUCAUAGUGCCACCAGCAGGGCGGCGGAGCAGAACGGUGCCAUUAUCAACGGUUGAUGAAGAAGGGCCACGGGGGAUUGAAGAGGAAGGCGGUGGAGUGGCAGGGAAAGCUGCACAAGGAUCUGCUGCAGGCCAGAAGUCGGGGAAGUUGACACAAGUGUCAAUCAAAAGGUGGACAACGAAUGAUUCUCAGAGGCGAUUGGAUAUCGCAUGGGGGAUGCACCUUUGUCGACACGGUGCCCCGUUUAACUACGUCAGGACAACGCAGACACAGGAGCUGCACGAUUUGUACCUUGAGUUGGGGGAGAAAAAACAGCGGGUGAAGAUGCCUUCGUUGGAGGUCGUCCGGACUGUAGUGUUGGACAUCAUCUAUGACAAAGUUCAGGAAGACAUGCGCCCGCUGACUGCAAAGUGGGACCACACAGGUUGCACCCUCAUCACUGACGGGUGCACAGAUCGAAGGUACAGGCCUGUGAUGAACUUCAUCGGGGCCAGCGAGAGCGGUGCAAUCCUCCUGAAGGUCGUGGAUGUGUCGAAGAAGAAGAUGACUGCAGUUGCUUUGGCGAUGAUCAUUCCAUGGGUCCCGUGUGCAGCGCAUUGCUUGAGCUUGUUAAUGAAGGACAUCUGCGAGCUGGAGUGGGUGAAGGAAGUGGUGCAGCGUACAAAGAUGAUGGUGAAGUUCAUAAGUAGACACCAUCACACAACCGCCCUUUACACGAAGUGCUCAGAGCUGUCCAGGGAGUUGACCUUGAUUUUGCCCACGGAGGUUCGCUUCGCUUCGUCAUACAUGAUGAUGAACCGGUUUUGGGGCAGGCGGCAUGUGCUAGAGGAUAUGAUGGAGGAGGGGUGGAGGCUGUUGAGAUGGAGUGCCAGGAAGGAUAGGGACAAGUCCGACACCACGUACAUGACUGUCACUGAGCCCGAGUGGUGGGAGAAGCUGCGCACGGUUUUGGAUGUGUUGGAGCCGAUAUACGAGUUGUUGAGGAAGAUGGACCGCAAUGGCACAGCCCCCCCAAACCUUUGGCAUUUCAACGAGGGGUUGGGGAGGGGUCUCAAUACACUCACGCGGUUGACUGAUGUUCAGCGGCGGGAGAUCAUGAAGGCAGUCAGCAAGCGCACGAAGCUGAUGAGGCAGCCUGUUCAUGCGGCAAACUUUCUCCUCGACCCAAGGAGGAGAGACAUGAAGUGGUUGAUGGACAUGCAAUCCCCGGUGGUCCAAAACACCCUCAAGUUCUUCUUGUCACAGUGCAAAGAGGAGGCCACUUGGGGGUGCAGGGAGCAGCUCGAUCUGUGGGCAGAUUUGCAAGCAUUCCACAGGGAGCCAACUGGAGAAGUGGUGAAGGAUCCAGUGACAGGGAAAGUGGUGGAGGAGAGCUUGUGGACCGACUUUGCAAAGUUUGACAGCUCGCUUACCCAAAUGACGGCCUCAGAAUGGUGGAACGCACACGGGGCCUCUCACAAGAAGUUGCGGGACAUUGCAAUGAGGGUCACAACGAUGUGGAGCACCGCAACCCCUUGUGAGAGGAACUGGUCAUCUCUCGAUCUUGUCCACGACAAGAGGAGGGGCCCGCUGUCCCCUGACAGUCUCGCGAAAUUAGUCUACGUCCAUUUGAAUCUUCAACUGUUGGACAUCAAGAACAAGAGCAAGGGAAGUCUGGCGGGGUACUUGGACAUGUGGGCUGCAUUCUUUGACGACGUGGAGGCGCCACCACCGAAUGAUCCUGCUGCAUUGCCGAAGGCUGCAACUGUAGCGGAUUUGACUGGCGAUGAACUUGUCCACCAGGCAAAUCUCACGAAAACUCCUCGGGCUAGGGUCCUCAAGCAUCGGGCCGUUGAUGAAUCAAGCUCGUCGGACAGUAGUGACGAUGGGGAGGACCUUAUUUGGAGAGGCAAAGGGAAGAAGAAAAAGCUUGUUGAAGUUCUUGACGAUGGCAAAGGAAAGGCGCAGAUGGGUGGGAAUGUCGAGGAAGAGAACGUCGAGGAGAGCGAGGAAGAUGACGAGAACUUUACGUUGCGGUCGCCACGAGCAAGCGACAUGUCCAGUGACGACGAUGAACUGGACGAGGCCCUCACGCGCAACGUCGAGCGGGGUCACCUAGAUAGUGACUUUGGGCCCAGGGGGAUGGACUUUAACGCACGCAUCGGAGCGGACACAGACCUCGAUGAUGACGCUGACAGGGCGAGGGCACAAUCCCUUGCGCAACGAGAUCGUGCACUCGUGGAGCAGCGAAUGCGAGAGGAAACAGCAAAACGGACUGCCGUCCCCCCUUCGGGGAGGAAGGACAUGACACCGGUGGGAAGGGGCAGUUGCCUGGCAGCUGACGAUGUUCAGCAACAGCAGCACAAGGAAGGCGUGCAGCAGCAGCAAGAAGAGGAAGAAGUGCAUCACCAACGAGAGGAUGGACUGCAGCAGCAAGCAGAAGGGCUGCAACAGCAGAUGCAAGAGCGAGAAGAUGGGGUACAGCACCAGCAGGUCCAGCAGCAGCAAGAGGAUGGGUUGCAGCAGCACCAAGAGCCAGCGCAAGACGGGUUGCUGCAGCAGCAAGAGACUGGGCAACAGCAGCUGCAACAGAAACACCACCGAGGACUGCAGCAGCAGCAACCUGAUGAGGAUGGACUGCAGCAGCAUCAGCAGCAACAACACGAUGGUCUGCAGCUGCAGCAGCAAGAAAAGGAGACUGCGCAACGAAUCACUCGAGUUUACUCCAGGCGAUCACAAGGGUCCAGCGCAGCAGCCAUCCAAGAUGCGGUUCAAACCCUUCCUCUCCCAUUAGAGAUCGAGGACAUGCAGCGCGAUAACUUGGACGUCAGCUUGGCAGGAAGGAAGCGAAAGGUGCAGCCAAACUGGUUCGGAAAAGGGGCCGCCCGAGGAAGUAUCCACUGACAGUGUCAGCAGCUGCUGCUGCCGGUGUUGAUGGUGCUGAAGGGGGUGAGGUGCAAGAGCAUG